AUGACAGACGGUGGUGGAGUACGGGGAUACUCAACACUGCUGAUCCUGAGGGAGUUGAUGUCCAAAAUCAAGGCUCUGGAAACACAACCCGCUUGGAUGAGAGAGUAUGACUUUAUCGAAGACUCCGUCCGAUCCAGUGCCGAUUAUCCCUGGCAAGAGGAUACAUAUGAUCAUGAUUCACAGUUCUAUCCCUGCCAUUACUUUGACUAUAUCGCCGGUACCAGUACCGGUGGUCUCAUCGCCAUCAUGCUGGGCCGACUUCGGAUGUCAGUGGAGGAGGCGAUUGAGAAAUUUCGGUAUUUCGGGGACUCAGUCUUCGCGAAGGAGCGCUUGUUUCACGAAAGAAGGAUCCUUUACUUCCCGCGAGCAAAAUACUCGACACGGCGUACCCGGAAAGCGUUUCUCGAGAUCAUUCGUGAGAGCAUGAAGAAGCAUGGAGGUGGUGAGGUGGAAAACUACGAAGUCGAAACGGAACCAUUUGCCAUGCACAAGAAUUGUGACCAAUUUUGUCACACGUUGGUGAUUUCACGAAAGAAAUCCGGGCGUGGAGUGGAAAAGACUUAUGUGCAUCGAACCUAUGAUCAUCAUGAAUCUCAUGAGGGAAGCUAUGUCGUGCCCAACUCCGGAAUGGCGUGCAGAUCUCACAUAUGGCAAGUUGCCCGUGCGACUUCUGCCGCACCACGAUAUUUCGAGGCACAUGAGGAAGGCGACGACACAUAUCUCGAUGGGGGUAUGGGGCACAACAAUCCCUCCGACAUUGUGUUCCAUGAAGUCAUCAAUCUGCACAAGCACUAUCCGAGUAUACACAUCAGUAUUGGGACGGGCCAGCCAGCGGAAACGAUUGUUGUCCGCAAGAAAGACCAACUCGGGGAGAUUCGAAAGCAGUCUCGCAAACAAUUCAUCAAGAAAUACCUGGAAAUCGGAAACGCCGCCAAAAAGAUCCUGACUGACACGGAAAUGGUGGCAGCGAAUGUCAAACUGAUCACGGACCGAUUCAACACGGAACAUGUACGGUUCAAUGUGCCCAACGACAUUCGAAGAGGAACCGGUGACACAUGUCUGGGCCAAAUACCUCUAGAUGAGUGGCUUCCGACCAAGCAGAAGAAGCAAAAGGGCGGAGAAGCAGUGGCAGUGGGGGCCAUCACGACGGGCAAGAUCGAGACCAUGACAAGAGAGUAUCUCGACUACCCCAAAGUACAAGAACAACUGGAGGACUAUGCCAGGAAACUUGUACUCAUCCGUCGGCGUCGGGCGCGGACAGACCGAUGGGAGAAAUACGCCACCAACAUCUGUUACGACUGUGGAGAGUCGGUGCAAGGAUGUGCCGGCGACUUGCGUGGACCAACUCACCGCCGUACAUUCCGGACUCACAUUAUGGAUCAUCAUAGUGAGCUGGUGCAAGGCAAGUCGAGGAAGGAGGUUGAGCAGGUCAUCUCGCAAUAUCGCAUGUUUGAUCGUCAACAUUUCAAGAGGGGGACAACGAGGACCAGGACCAGGACGGGGACGAAUACAUGGCGUGAAGAAGACCGAAGGAAUUGGACGACGUCUCUGGGAGGUGGUUCGACGAGCGGUUGGGAAAUUCAACAUGCCCAGUAA